AUGUCUACCAACUUCUCCCCCUACGUCACUGCCCUCCAAACGUUCUACAACAAUGUUGGAAGAUCGUACAACACAAUGACCAAAUCCGUCCACGCGAACGGCCCAGAGCGCAUCGUCGAAGCCGCCGGCGCCGCCAUCAAAGAAGGCUCUAGCGUCCUCGAUCUAGCCACCGGCACCGGAAAAGUCGCCUUCGCAGCAGCAGGUAAGGUCGGCGCUUCCGGCCGCGUCUUGGGCAUCGACAUCUCAGACGAGUUCAUAAGCCUUGCAACCAAGAUGGCAGAGGAUACCGGCGUGAGCGAUAGAGUGGAAUUCCUGCAGCGCGACGUCGGGGCCUUGGACUUGCCGGAAAAGUCUGGCAAGAGAUGGGCGGAUGCGGUGACGUGCGGGAGCGCGAUCGCUAUGUUCGCUUGCCCUAAAGCGCUUCUUAAUACCCUCGCUGGCGAAGUGCUCAAGCCCCGCGGCGUCUUCGUGGCAGAUAUGUGGGCUACGCACCUCCCUGCCAAAAUCUUCCUUGACGUUGCUGUUCCGCGGGGUUUCGAAUCUCCGUUCGACCCUCUCUGGCUGUCCGACACGGAGGAGGCGUUUCGGCGCGUCUUCGAUGGGACGAAGUUCGAAUUGGAGAGGGUGGAGAAGGUAGGAGAGAGCACGGCGAGAUGGGAUGCGGGGAGUGAGGAGAAGGUGGAGGCACUGUGGAACAGUCUGGCGGUAGAGCAGACGUGGCUGAGCUUUGGGUUGGAUAAGUUGGACAAGCAAAAGGUGGAAGAUAUUAAGCAAGCCUGGACCAAAGAGAUUGAGGCGUACAAAGACGAGGAGGGAGUAGUGGUCAAGGAGAUGGGGCAGUGGAUAGCUGUCGCUGGAUCAAAGGAGUAG